AAAGCACCCGGAUUGGGAUCGUGGACCCUGCUCUUCCCGUUCCUGUCACCUCCCCAGCAGCCUUGAAAAGCCCCUUAUCACCUUCUAAGCUAAACAAGCCACUUUGUACCAGUCUUCCCGUCUCCGGCUUCUGCUGAGUUUUAUAAACAACUUCCCCAAAGAGGCUGACGAGGAUGUUUUCCCUCGCCUUGGGCAGCCUGGGAACGGGGGGUCCCGGCACCCCGGAAAUGACUCGGUCGUGCCCCCUCUCUCCCCGCACCCACGAGGGUUGGCCUUUGGGUGCCAUUGGUCCCCAAAUGGGAGCCCAAGGGUGGCCGGCUCCUUCCCCCGGAGGGGAUAUAAAGGCUGGAGGAGCAGCCCUAGCUCUCUGUGCUAGGAUUUACGGGAAGAAGGAGGGAUGGGACCUGGAAGCAGCUUGAUCCUCGCUCUUCUUUACUGGGUGAUAGGCAAGGUGGCUGCCUACCCACCCUGGGAUUUCUCCUGGGGCAACCUGGCGAGCCAAGGGGCGCAGGCAGACCCCCAUGCCUGGCCUUGGGCAGAGGAUCCUCACUCUCGAGCCGUCUCCAGCCAUCACCCGGUGACGGUGCAGUGCCAGGAGGCUCAGCUGGUGGUGAUGGUGCACAGGGACCUCUUCGGUACUGGCCGCCUGGUCAACGCGGCUGACCUGACGCUGGGGCCGGCGGCGUGCAAGCAUUCCUCGAUAAACCCUGCCCUCAACGCUGUCAUCUUCACUGCUGGCCUCCACGAGUGUGGCAGCAUCGUGCAGGUCACCCCGGAGUCCCUCAUCUACCGCACACUCCUCAACUACGAACCCAGCCCUGCCAGCAACCCUGUUAUCAUCCGCAACAACCCCGCUGUCAUUCCCAUUGAGUGCCACUACCCCAGGAGGGAGAACGUGAGCAGCAAUGCCAUCCGCCCCACCUGGGCUCCCUUCAGCAACACGCUGUCGGCGGAGGAGAGGCUGAUGUUCUCCUUGCGCCUCAUGAACGAGGACUGGACCUCCGAGAGACCCUUCACUGGUUUUCAACUGGGGGAUGUCCUCAACAUCCAAGCGGAGGUGGCCACCGAGAGCCACGUGCCACUGCGGUUGUUUGUGGACAGCUGUGUGGCUGCCCUCAGCCCCGGCACCGACUCCUCACCCCACUACUCCAUCAUCGACUUCAAUGGGUGCUUAGUUGAUGGGAGGUCAGACGAUACCAGCUCUGCCUUCAUCACCCCCCGACCGCAGGAGGACAUGCUGCGCUUCAGCAUUGACGUCUUCAGGUUCGCAGGGGACACAAGGAACCUGAUCUACAUCACUUGCCACCUGAAGGUGACCCCAGUGGACCAAGCCCCAGACCCCCUGAACAAGGCUUGCUCCUUCAACAAAGCCAGAAACACCUGGGCACCAGUGGAAGGCACCCGGGACAUCUGCAGCUGCUGCGAGACGGGCAGCUGCGAGGCUCCUGCACUCUCCCAAAGGCUCAACCCCUUGGAGCGAUGGCCUGGCCGCCGCUUCCGCCGCCACAAUGCCAACGCGAAAGUGGCCGAAGCUGACGUGGUCAUUGGCCCCGUGCUGCUCUCAAAGAACCCGGCCAUCGUGAGAGAGCAACAGGAGGGAGGUCAGGGUGAGUCCCUGCCGGCCACGUCCCUGGGGCACAGCCCGGUGCCAAGCACUAACCGCCCCCUUGGUUUUGCAGGUGGGGUGACAGUGGUGGCCAGCGUAGGGCUGGCGCUGAUCUGCGUGGUGGCUGGCGUGGGGCUGGCCGGGGCUGCGCUGGCCAUUGGCAUGGGGCGCAGGAGGUGCACUCGUGGCUCGGCGUGAGCGAAGGGUGAGACCCAAAUAAAGCCUGGGAAGGACAAAGAGCAUCCGUUCCACUCCUUCUGCGCUGGCACCCUGGGGCUGUGCCUGGGCUGGGUGCCCUGCCAGGGAGGGAGCAUCCAUCCCGCCACACUGCACCCCGCCAGCUCCCACAUAGAAUAGUUUGGGUUGGAAGGGACCUUUAAAGAUUAUCCAGUUCCAAUCCCUGUGUCAUGGGCAGGG